CCAACGUCAGAUCUACACAAUCCUUCUGGGCCUGAACAUCUACUGCAGAAUGGCGAGUGCACUGAGAUCCUGGACCGUGCCGCUGGCUCUUGUGCUGUGUGUCAUUGUGUGUCUCAGCAGCCUGGCUGAAGCUUACCCGCCCAAACCAGAACCUCCAGCGGGAGAUGUGGGUCCAGAGGACAUGGCCAAGUACCACACGGCUCUAAGACACUACAUCAACCUCAUCACACGACAGAGAUAUGGGAAGCGAUCCACCCCUGAGGACGCUGUGGCUGAACUGCUGUUCGGUGAAGAUGAACAGGACGUCAGGCCCCGUGUGGAAGACUUGUUAUGGUGAUGUGACUCCUCUCUCCUUCUCUGUGGCUGGUGCAGCGGCUUUCUUCAUCCAUCCAUCUCUAUGAUAAUAAAUGAGUUUACUGAACAGCAGAAACCAGC